AAUUCUUUGACUUGUGACUGAUUUCCAAAGCAGAAGAUCAGUAGAAAAACAAUUGGACCUAUAGCCCAAGCCCAUUUUCAGGUCCAUUAUCGUUAAGAUUCCUUUUUUUUCCCUAUAAAUUUGGAAAUUCGAAAUCGAUUCAAAUCUACUCUGUUUGUUUUUCCAUAAAAAUCUGGAAAACCAAAAGCUUGUUCAUCACUUUUCCUGCUUACGCCUUCCAUUAGUUGGCCGAUACACAUGAUGCCAAAUACAUCAAUGGCGACUUCUCUCUGUUUUUUAGUUAUAUCAAACUCCCACCCAACCUGGAGAAAAAAAAAUGGUGUCUAUAAACACAUCCCCUUACGAUUUCUUCUUCUCUUCAUCUCUCUCUCUCUCAGUGUCUAUAUAUACGCACACAAAUCCAGCUUAAGUUUCUCACCAGUAUCAUCAGCAAAUAUCGUCCAUGGACGCUAAUGGAGGACCCGUACAGAUCCGGUCCCAACACUACGUCAAGCUUGGUUAUCACUAUCUGCUCACUCACUUUUUGAAGCUUUUAUUGAUCCCUUUCAUGGCGGUUUUGUUCAUGAAUGUCUCCUUAUUAAGCCUAAACCAGCUCCAGCUCCAUUACAAUUCCACCGGAUUCAUCUUCAUCAUCGCCUUCGCUAUAUUAGGGUCCAUUGUCUUCUUCAUGUCUCGACCUAGAUCCAUUUACCUCCUUGAUUACUCCUGCUACCUCCCGCCGUCGAAUCAAAAAGUUAGCUACCAGACAUUCAUGAAUAAUUCUAGCUUGAUUCAAGAUUUCAGCGAAUCUUCUCUUGAGUUCCAGAGGAAGAUCUUGAUUCGGUCCGGUCUCGGUGAAGAGACUUAUUUACCGGAGUCUAUUCACUGUAUUCCUCCGCGUCCGACUAUGGCUGCGGCGCGUGAAGAAGCAGAGCAGGUAAUCUUCGGUGCACUCGACAGUCUCUUCGAGAAUACCAAAAUCAAUCCUAGGGAGAUUGGUGUUCUUGUUGUGAAUUGUAGUUUGUUUAACCCUACGCCUUCUUUAUCCGCCAUGAUUGUUAACAAGUAUAAGCUUAGAGUGAACAUCAAGAGCUUUAACCUUGGAGGAAUGGGAUGUAGUGCUGGUGUUAUCGCUAUUGAUCUCGCCAGUGACAUGUUACAAAUCCAUAGGAACACUUUUGCUCUUGUGGUUAGUACUGAGAACAUCACUCAGAACUGGUAUUUUGGUAACAACAAAGCAAUGUUGAUCCCUAAUUGCUUGUUUAGAGUUGGUGGAUCCGCGGUUCUGCUUUCGAACAAGCCUUUGGAUCGAAAACGAUCCAAGUAUAAGCUUGUUCAUACGGUGAGGACUCAUAAAGGAUCUGAUGAGAAAGCAUUUAAGUGUGUGUACCAAGAACAAGAUGAGUGUUUGAAAACCGGAGUUUCUUUGUCUAAAGAUCUUAUGGCUAUAGCCGGAGAAGCUUUAAAGACGAAUAUCACUACGUUGGGUCCUCUGGUUCUUCCUAUAAGCGAGCAGAUUCUGUUCUUUGCGGCUUUUGUUGCUAAGAGAUUUUUCAAUGUCAAGGAGAAGAAGCCUUACAUACCGGAUUUCAAGCUUGCAUUUGAUCAUUUCUGUAUUCACGCGGGAGGUAGAGCCGUGAUCGAUGAGCUAGAGAAGAAUUUAAAGCUUUCGCCAAAACAUGUCGAGGCGUCUAGAAUGACAUUGCAUAGAUUUGGAAACACUUCCUCUAGCUCUAUAUGGUAUGAAUUGGCGUACACGGAAGCUAAAGGAAGAAUGAGGAAAGGGAACAGGGUUUGGCAGAUUGCUUUUGGAAGCGGGUUUAAGUGUAACAGCGCAGUUUGGGUGGCUCUUCGCGAUGUCAAGCCCUCGGUUAACAAUCCUUGGGAACAUUGCAUCCAUAGAUAUCCGGUUAAGAUCGAUCUUUGAACUCAUCAGAACGGGUAGAUUUGGUCUGCAAACAUGGUUAAUCCUCCAUUUAGCAGAAGACUUUCUCUUAUAUUUCUACUAAUGGGUAAAGAAAUCAGUUGAGCUUUGUUACUCAAUUGGGUAAUGUAUGUAUAAGUGUUGUACAUAAAUGUAGCAUAUAAAUUACCUAGAAUGGUUUUUAAAUUGCAGAUGAAAGAUCCAUGCCAUGAGAUAUUAAAACAGAGAGAACUGCAAAAUACAAAGGUCACUUGCUGGAUGAGGCGAUGGUAGAGAUUGCUCUUUAUCCUCUUAGGUUUAAAUCAAUAAAAAUUCUGUAUCCAUAUAAUUUGAUAUGCAUUAGCAAGUGAUCUAGGGUGUGAUUGUAAAUUUAGAGUCUCUUAAGAUUCAA